AUGGCGUCCGCAGCCUUCCCCACGCUCUCCUUCACUGUGGCUCCCACGCCCUCCGCUCUUUGGUCCGCCAACCUCACGGCGCCGUAUCCGCCAAACGCGCCGUGGCAGAACAUGGUGCUGGGGCAGGGCGGCAACCCCGAGCUCGUGACGCCAUACCUUGUGCAGAGCGCGGAGGGGCGCAUCGCGUGGGGGCUGCCGGUACGCGACCCGCAACCCGGAUACAUCGUGCAGGCGUUCGCCACCGCGCUCAUGCUCUCCACGCUGCAGGGCCUUCCCCCCCACCAGCUCUCCGCCUACGACGACCUCUCCACCACCCUCUCCUUCCGCCAACCCUCCUCCGCGCCCGCCGAUCCCUCCAUCCUCGAGGUCCCCCUGGUGCGCAGGUCCCCCUUCCUCACGUUCAUAUUCCCCCCGGGCAGCCCCCCCGCGACGCCCGUGCUGACCACAAUCUAUGCCAUCACGGGAGUGGAGGGGAGCAGCGACAGCAGGAAGUACCGUGUUGAGCUCAACAACGGCCAGACAUGGCUGGUGUACCUGUCGGCACCGCUAACCCUGAGGCAGGACGGGUCGACACUAGCAGCGGACGUGCCGUUCACGGGGACGAUGGGCGUGGCGCUGCUGGUGGGCUCCUCCGCGCAGGACAGGGGGGCUCUGCUGGACGCGCACGUGCCCACGAUGCCGGUGGGGGGGAGUGCGCACGUGGGCGCGUUCCGCAUCAAGUACACCUUGCGCACCCAGCAGUGGCGCGAGCCGGCCAAUGGCGACACCGAGGCGCCGCUGCUCAUGCUUUCACUGAGCACGAGCAAUGGGCCACAAGGCCAGUUCACAUGCAGAGGUAUAUAUGCAACAACAAUAGCACAGUGA